CACCAAUCUUCUGCCUUUUUGCAGUGCUAAGAAUGGAGCAAGAUAUUUUGAAGUUCAUCCGUGACCCUAGACAGACACAGUUUGAAUUCCCGGCUCUCCCAACUUCUUAUCUGCGUCUUGCUGCACACCGCCUGGCACAACAUUACUUCCUCCAGUCCAUCGCCAUAUCAGACAACAGUUUGCCUGAUGGAACUGGUUCUCGUAUUAUCCUCCGUAAGAUGUCGUCCGAGUGCCGACUACCUGCUGUGCGCCUUGCAGAUAUCCCAGUUAAUCUGCCACAAGAAGAGAGCAGCACUGUGGCCAAAGUAGCCAUUAAGCAGAGGCCUCAAAAGAAUUUCCAUAGCAUUAACAGCUCAAGUGCUCACUCUUCAAGAGACAACCUCCAGAAAAGUGUUGAAGAAAGGAAAGAGGAAUACAACAGGGCACGUGCACGGAUAUUUAACAACAGCAGUAGCAGUAAUGCUGCUGAUGGGAGACCAGCUGAGGAAGCAACUUUGCCCAAUACUCUGCAUAGGUCCACCUCCUUGGAGUUGAACUCAAGCAAUAGAAUGGGCCAAGGGGCUGAAAUUACUCUUGAAAGGAGUUUGACUACCACUUCGGCCAGCAGGUCAAACAGAAGCAAGAUCGAGAAGGAGCCUGCAGUCAAUAGAAACAGGCAAAACAACAGGGUUGCAAUUUUCAGAGACCGUGAGUCAGAGCGCAAAGAUCCUGAUUAUGACAGAAGUUAUGACAGGUACAUGCAAAGAUUUGACCUGAUUUGAUUUAAUGGAGGCCCAUACACCAUUCAGCCCCUGUAUGCCCUGCUGUUAACUACAACACUGAAUUCCCCCAACUUGGCUCAGCACACAGAUCUCCUGUUGCUGUUGAACAGCAGCCUCGUCCAAUAGCUCAGCACAUGCUGGGGUCUUGGUCAGCAGGACAAGCACCUAAUGCAAUCGGCUAUGGACCUCCAGAUGGUGUCAUGGCACCUUACAGUCCUGGUCACGCAGGUGCUCCUGUGAGAUCAUCUGUUUUCAUGCAUGCUUCGCAGCAAUAUCCCAUGCCUUCACGCCCUGGAGUGCCAUUUGUACAUCCACCUGUUUGUCGAGUUUGUCAGGAAUGUCCAUUAUUGUACCAAAAAUUGCCUCGGCGAUAUUUUUUUCCGUGUGCAUUACAUCAAUGUUAUGUGGAACAAGGAGAUCAUCAAAA